CAAGGUGUCCCGGCUGCUCCCGGGCGCCCCCUGGCCCGACUCGGGAGCCCAAGGUUUCCGGUGCGCGGCUGUAGCCGGUUGUGACGCCUCGCUGCUCCCAGCCGCCGUCGCCGCCGCCGCUUCUCUCCCAGAGCCGGGGCUGCAGGCCUUUGGAAGUCCAGUUAAGCCACCCAGGAGUGGGAGGGGGGCGCCUGGCAGCUUUGUGCCUAGGUCACUGAAGCUUCCAUCUGGUGGAUCAGAGCAUCCACCCAUUCCAGGGAAGCCUGGCAGGAGGACUCAACACCAGGACGGCUUUGUGCCAGGCCCGGAGGUUGUACUUUCAUGCUCUAGCAGCCGCCCUCACGAGGCCUAUGCAAGUGGGUUUUAAGCUAUCUGGAACAUCAACAGCUUCUAGGAAAUCCUGAGGAUUAAAGAGGUCUGCAAGUUGCUAUGCUAAUGCUGCUUAUCUUUGGAGUAUUACUUCAUGAAGUCCUGCUGAGUGGCCAAGAUGAGGUUCAUCCUGGGGCUGACAGCAUACUAGGAAAACAACUAUUUGACUAUACCAGCCUCCGCCUGCCAGAGGAGCACAUUCCCUUCUUUUUGCACAACAACAGGCAUAUUGCCACCAUCUGCAAGAAGGACUCCUGGUGUCCAUAUAAGAAACAUCUAGAAAAUCUGAAGUCCUGCUGGGGUUAUGAGAAAUCCUGCAAACCGGAAUUUAGAUUUGGUUAUCCUGUUUGCAGCUAUGUGGACACCGGAUGGACAGACACUCUGGAGUCAGCUGAGGACCUGUUCUGGAGACAAGCUGACUUUGGAUAUGCCAGAGAGAGGCUGGACGAGAUACAUGUGCUCUGUCAGCCAGAGGGAACAAGUGACUCAAGUCUGGUAUGUUCCCGUUAUCUUCAGUAUUGCAGAGCCACCAGUCUAUACCUGGACUUAAGAAACAUCAAGAGGAAUCAUGACAGAUUCAAGGAAGAUUUUCUCCAGGGUGGUGGAAUGGGAGGACACUGUAAACUUGACAGUCAUGCCUUGAUGUCUGAAGGUCAGCGCAAAAGCCCUCUGCAGUCUUGGUUUGCUGAGCUACAAGGCUACACUCAGCUCAACUUCAGGCCCAUAGAAGACUCUGAGUGUGACAUUGUUAUUGAAAAGCCAACGUAUUUCAUGAAAUUAGAUGCAGGUGUCAACAUGUAUCACCACUUCUGUGAUUUUCUGAAUCUCUAUAUCACUCAACAUGUUAACAAUUCAUUCAGUACAGAUGUGUACAUCGUGAUGUGGGAUACUAGUUCUUAUGGAUAUGGCGACCUGUUCUCUGACACCUGGAAAGCAUUUACUGAUUAUGAUGUUAUUCAUUUGAAAACCUACGAUUCCAAAAGGGUAUGCUUCAGAGAAGCGGUGUUUUCACUGCUGCCCCGCAUGCGGUACGGGCUGUUUUAUAACACUCCCCUGAUAUCUGGCUGUCAGAAUACUGGUUUAUUCAGGGCCUUCUCCCAGCACGUGCUACACAGGCUGAACAUCACUCAAGAGGGACCCAAGGAUGGAAAAAUCCGAGUCACUAUUCUUUCACGGAGCACAGAAUACCGAAAAAUACUAAAUCAAAACGAGCUGGUGAAUGCACUGAAAACAAUCUCUACAUUUGAAGUCCGUAUUGUUGACUACAAGUAUAGAGAACUCAGGUUUUUAGAUCAGCUGAGGAUCACACACAACACGGACAUAUUUAUUGGAAUGCACGGAGCUGGCCUCACCCAUUUACUUUUCCUUCCAGACUGGGCUGCUGUAUUUGAACUGUACAACUGUGAGGAUGAACGCUGUUACUUAGACCUGGCUAGGCUGAGAGGCAUCUACUAUAUCACCUGGAAGAGGCCAAACAAAGUCUUUCCUCAAGAUAAGGGCCACCAUCCGACUCUGGGGGAACACCCGAAGUUUACCAACUACUCUUUUGAUGUAGAAGAAUUCAUGAACCUUGUCCUUCAGGCUGCAGACCACGUAAUGAAACAUCCACAGUGGCCAUUUAAGAACACACAUGAUGAGCUAUAGAUGUGUCAAAUUAGUUUACAAGAAGAGGAGUUUUAAACACUCCCACACCCAGACUCACAAUCAAAUGAAACAACCUGUUAUAUCCUAGUCUAAGAAGAAAAACAGGAUCUUUUACUUUGGAAUGUAGCUGGGCCUUGAACGCAUGAUCCUCUUGCCUCUCAGCCUUCUGAGUACUGGGCUUACAGGUGUGUAUCACCAUGCCUUGCUGCAAAAUGACUUCCAUAUGAAAACAUAACUUCAGGAUAUUUCAUGUCUGUGUUUUGUGUGGUUAUUGUGCCAUUGCUAUUUACCAAUAGCAAUAAUAUUUUUUGCACUGAAAAAAAAACUUUUUAUGGUUAAAAACAGGGUGGAUGUCCACUGGUAUAACUGAACUUUCUUGUUGGAAAUACCAAAGUUUUCAACUUUUCCAGCUUUAGAUUUAUAAGUAUUUUCAUAAAAUAUAAUUCCAGAGUGUUCCAACUUGUUUAUAUACUUAGGUAAAUUCAGAACUGUCUUAUUUUAUUUUUUUUACUUUGUCAUAGUCUGUUCAUAAUGAUUGUGAGGCCUGGAGACAUUGCUCAGUUGGUUGAUGGCUGGCCUUGCAUGGAUGAGGCCCUGGGUUCAGUCCCUAGUACUACAAAAAGAAAAACGAUCACAACAAACAACAAAAAAACAAUAGUAGAGAAAAUAGACACCCCCCGCUCUAUACACACACACACACACACACAUACACACACACACACACACACACACACACACACUUGUGAUUCACAAUAUCAAGCUAAAGAGCCAUGUUAUAGACCAAUACUUGGUUAACUCCAGGUUAUAUGCAUCAGGAACCUGAAUAAAUCAUUCCAUUAUACAAAUUUGUAUUCCUAUUUCUCAUUUAAACCAAGUUUUCUCAAAUGUAACAACUACGUUGCUAAAAACCAAUCAGGGCAUUCUGUUUUACUGUUUUGUGAACUGUGAUUUCCACCCACUGGUCAGCCAUGGGGAGCAUUCAUAUUGAACUUGUGCAUAAUGGUUUCUAUGCAAGUCUUUUAAGUACAUACAGAGUGGGUGCAUCUAUCUCUGGUAACAUGAAAGUGACCUGGUCUUCAUUGUAAACACAUGAAGACUCUUUCCCAUAGAAAAGUAAGACCUUUAAAAACAUAGUAGGUGUGUGGAUUACCCAAUCAAAAUACAAAGACCUGAGAAAGAGCUGUUGAUUAAAAGGGAUACCUGGACCACAUCCUAGAUGGGCUUCAUUUGAUGAAUUUCAAGCUCAGCAAGCAGAAACCCUGGGUUUGUUUUAUUGUACAAUGAGAUUUAUGUUUUGUUAACAUUGAGUCAUCUAAUUUAGAAACUAGUUUUAAUUUACAGUGGAGUUAAUGGAUCACACCAAAGCUAAAUACUUAAACAAAAUUUGAGUUAUAAACAAACAAACCAAAAAAAAAAAAAAAUGCUGUAGAGAAG